GUUUAUUAAAAAGUUAAAUUUUGUUUGUUACACACCGCAACAGUAUUUUUUUUUUUGUUUUUAAAUAGUAAUUGUCCAAAAAUUUGAAUUUGUUAAGUUAAAAUGACUGACAAUGGUAUUACAAUGCAUGAUGAACCUGAAGUCACAACAAAAGCAUCAAAACCAAUCAAAGCAAUUUUAAAGGACACUGUUCAUCAGCUAUGUUCUGGACAGGUUGUCCUAAGCCUGGCUGUUGCUGUAAAGGAAUUAGUUGAGAAUUCAAUAGAUGCUGGGGCGACUGUCGUUGAGAUUAAACUUCAUAACCAAGGACUUGAAUCUGUGGAUGUUGUAGAUAAUGGAUGCGGUGUUGAGGAAUCUAACAUUGAAGCUAUGACUGCAAAAUAUCACACAUCAAAAUUGCAGGAGUUUGUCGAUUUACAAGGUGUUGAAACGUUUGGGUUUCGCGGGGAAGCUCUAAGUUCGCUUUGCUCUCUCUCAGAUAUGACCAUUGUCACAAGACAUGGCUCAUCGGAUGUAGGACUACGCGUCGAACUCGAUCAUAAUGGAAAAAUUAAGAAGAAAACUCCUUGCGCCAGACAAGUGGGCACAACGGUAACUCUCAGUAAUUUAUUUUCAACUCUUCCCGUUCGAAAGCGCGAAUUCACCCGAAACAUAAAAAAAGAAUUCUCAAAAAUGUGUCAAAUUCUUCAAGGCUAUUGUCUUGUCACUAAAGGCGUUCGCAUAAUAUGCACGAAUUUCAAUGAAAAAGGAUCGAAAUCAGCUAUUCUGGCAACUCAUGGUUCUCAAAACUAUCUCGAAAAUAUCCAAGCUGUCUUCGGAACAAAGCAAGUUUCCGAUCUGGUCAUAUUAAAGUCGCCUUUCGAAGAAGAGCUUACCAUGGACAAUCUUGCUGAUCUUAAUGAAACCGAUUCAAGUUUUCAAAUAACCGAAGACGAUAUCAAGCAAAUAAAUGCCAAACAAUUCGAAUUAGAAGGUUUCAUAUCGAGUUGUGAGCACGGCAAAGGCAGGGGCUCCAAAGAUAGACAGUAUUUUUUCGUCAAUUCAAGACCGUGUGAGCCACAAAAUAUUGCUAAAGUGGUAAAUCAAAUCUAUCAUCGGUUCAAUCUUCAACAAUUUCCAUUCGUCUUUCUCAAUGUUAUAACCGAACGAUCGCAGGUCGAUGUUAAUUUAACUCCAGACAAGCGUCAGUUGCUUGUGAAUAAUGAAAAGAUUCUCUUGUUAGCAAUUAAAAAAGCUCUGCUCAACACAUUUGGCAAUAUACCAUCAACCUACAAAAUGAAAAACACCACAAUCGAUAACCUGUUUAAAUUCAAAUCGAUUGAAAGUCCCGCUAAUAAUGGAGAAACCGUCCCAGGCAGUAUAAAUGAAUAUGAUAGUGGAAAUGAAGAAAAAGUCUCACCCGAUAAACCGUCCUUCCUUCAAGUUUUGUCGCAAUGGAAAGCAACCGGUGAUAUAAUUGGGCCAUUAAAAAACAAAGGAUCUAAAAGGAAACCUGUAGACGAAAUUGCAGUGAGAACAGCUAAGAUGAAAAAAAUCCAGCAGUAUCUUACGAAAAAUGAUUCUAAUAAGCAUCAGCAGCAACAUGACAAUUCGGUAGCAAGUUACAAAUCUGAUUCUGACUCUGACAAGGAAUGUGAUGUGAGCAUUUUCGAUGGCAAAAAGUUGAAAAAAGAAUCUGAAGAGUUCGACAUGUUGCUGAAAAGCAAUAUGCCAGACGAACAAAAUGAAACAAUUGAGAAAAUUGAAUGCAAAACAAUAUCCGUCCCAAAUGUUAACUUCUUUGAACCUAAACCAAAUUCCAACAGCUCAGAUGAAGAAGAAGAUGUAAAAAAGGAAGAAACAGAAGACUUCAUAGAAGUGAACCAAACUAAAACCUACGUACUUGAUGACAGUGAGGAUGAAAGUCUUGAAAAGUCCUUUAUUACUUGUUCUAAGAUUCAAACAUCAAUCGACGAAAUAAGAGCAGCUGUGAAGCUGGAAACCGAAUCAGAAUUGGAAAUCGCACAGACUAAAUUAAAUCGAUUAAAAUUCAAAAGUGCCAUAGAUCCAAGUCAAAAUAAAUCUGCUGAAGAGGAACUACAACUUGAAAUCUCCAAAGAAAUGUUCUCCAAAAUGGAUAUUGUAGGUCAAUUCAAUUUGGGUUUCAUAUUGGUGCGACUUGGUUCGGACUUAUUAAUUGUCGAUCAACAUGCAUCCGAUGAGAAGUACAACUUUGAGCAACUACAAGAAACGACUGUAUUGCAAUAUCAGAAGCUUGCAGUUCCACAGAAGCUAGAAUUGACUGCCGACAAUGAAAUGGUGCUCAUUGAUAAUUUGGAUGUGUUUGAAAAGAAUGGUUUUAAGUUUCAAAUUGAUGAAGAUGGUCCAGCAACAAAACGGGUUAAACUUCUCGGGAAGCCUUAUAGUAAAAAGUGGGAAUUCGGCAAAGAUGAUAUUGAUGAAUUGAUAUUUAUGCUUAAGGACGCACCAAAAGGUACAUUGUGCCGACCGUCUCGAAUAAGAGCUAUGUUUGCAUCGCAGGCAUGCAGAAAAUCUGUCAUGAUCGGAACGGCCUUAAAACAAUCCAAAAUGCGAUCAUUGAUUAACCAUAUGGGAGAAAUCGAGCAACCGUGGAACUGCCCUCAUGGAAGACCUACAAUGCGCCAUCUGAUAAACACUGAUAUGCUUCUAGAGGCCGAGGAAAAAGAUGAUGAUGAAGAUGACGACAAUGUGAGUGAAAAUUCAGAUAUGUCCGAAAGGUCAAAAAAUUCCAAUUUUUAA